UGCCACUAGCAUUUUAUUUCCAGCAUCUAUCUAAUCGUCCAUCCUUCCCUUCCAUCCUACCGCAUGUUUGUUUUGACUAGUAGCUGGAUUUGUAUUUUCCCUGUCCUCUUUUUCCACACCACGCCACCUCCCUCCGGCUUUCUGCAUCUUGAUUCAUACUUGUGCCAUUGCUCCUAGUAUCGGCGGGUUCCAGAAUACCAAAAUCUAAAAGCUCUACUGCUCUGCGACCGACCAGAGAUUGCAAUUUUGCAAGAGCGAGGCAGGUUUCCACGCUUUUCCCCUGCUUCCUGCUUGGCGCAUUUCAUCGAACAGAUUAGGAGGCUUCACCAUGUAGUUUUCGCUUUUGCUCGGCUGUCCAUGUCACUUGCUUGCUGCCUUCCUGUCCUCGAGUGCGUCUACUGCCUCGCCUGCGCUCGCUGGGCCUGGAAGCGCCUCCUCCACAGCGCCGGCCACGACAGUGAGACCUGGGGCCUGGCGUCGCCCGUAGAGUUUGAGCCCGUGCCUCGGCUCUGCCGCUACAUUCUCGCAGUCUAUGAGGACGAUCUCGACCAUCCUCAAUGGGCACCACCGGGAGGCUACGGCAUCGAUACCCACUGGGUCGUCCUCCGCAAGACCUACCAGAACACCCAUGGCAACGCACCGCCGUAUCUGAUCUACGUUGAUCAUAGAAAUUCUGACAUCGUCUUGGCAAUAAGAGGCUUCAAUUUUGCUCAAGAGGGCGAUUACACCGUUCUGUUGGAUAAUAGUCUUGGAAAGAGGAAAUUUUCUGGUGGUUACGUUCACAAUGGUCUUCUGCGAGCUGCUAUUUGGGUCUUUGAUGAGGAGUGCAAAGUUUUGAAGGACCUGUUGGAGGUGAAUCCCGAGUACACUCUUACAUUUGCCGGCCAUUCUUUGGGAUCUGGUGUCGCUGCGCUGUUAGCAAUGGUGGCUGUUCAUAGUCUUGACAAAUUGGGGAAUGUGGAGAGGAAUAGGAUUAGGUGUUUUGCUAUUGCCCCUGCAAGAUGCGUCUCACUUAAUUUGGCUGUUAGAUAUGCAGAUGUCAUCAAUUCAGUUGUUCUGCAGGAUGAUUUCUUGCCUCGGACAGCAACACCUCUGGAAGAUAUAUUCAAGUCACUUUUCUGUUUACCAUGCUUGUUAUGUCUAAGAUGCAUGGCGGAUACAUGCAUACCAGAGGAUGCUAUGGUAAGAGAUCCCCGGAGACUCUAUGCACCAGGAAGGCUCUAUCAUAUUAUUGAGAGGAAGCCAUUCAGGUGUGGAAGAUUUCCACCUGUUGUUAGAACAGCUGUGCCGGUAGAUGGACGAUUUGAACAUAUUGUUCUUUCGUGCAAUGCUACAUCAGAUCAUGCCAUUAUUUGGAUAGAAAGAGAAUCCCAACAUGCCUUGAAUUUAAUGAUGGAGAGUGAAAUGCUAAUGGAGAUUCCUCCAAUGCCAAGGAUGGAGAGGCAAAAGACGCUCACCAAGGAGCACAACAAAGAGCACAAAGCUGCACUUCAGCGUGCCAUUCUAAUGUCUGUGCCAGAUGCAUAUUCAGCAUCAGAAUAUGGCACGUUUGAUGAUAAUAAUCCAAUUAUGGAUGCCGAGGUUAUUCCAUCAUCGUCUACCAACAAUAUACACAAUUCAAAAUGGACUGAGUGGAUUAAAAGGGUUUUUGAGAAAAAUGACUCGGGAGAGAUGGUGCUGCGAAGAACAACGUCAACAAGCUCGUAAAUGUUGCUAAACGCAUUCUUGAUUAUGUAUGCCUAUGCAUGACUGAUACCUACAGUCUGUGCAAGAGCUGUCGAUGGCAUUGCCUUUGCUAUUAUGUAAAUAUGAGCUAGAUAGUGUAAAAUGGGCAAACAUGUAUUUUGGCUAAAUUAGUACUCUGGCAUUGGUGGGUUUUAUAUUUGGUUGGUUUAGUAUUAAAAUAAUGAUAUGGACGAUCUAGACUUUUUGCA